AUCCCUCAUCAUCACUACAACCCAAAUCCACCACAUAUCUCCCCACAAAAGCCCAACAACAAAGCCCAGCCCAAUCCAAUGGCAGCCUCCUCAUCCGCCGCUUUCCUCGCCGCCGCAGUAGCAGUCAUCUCACUGCUGCUCGCCUCCACGUCAUCCGCCUCCAGCAGAUCCUUCUCCGCCGCCGCCGCCGACGGCGCAGCCACCAACACGGAGUUCAUCCGCACGUCCUGCAGCGCCACCGCGUACCCUCAGCUCUGCUACAACUCCCUCGCCGUCCACGCCACCAAAAUCCAGACCAGCGCCAAGCUCCUCGCCUCCGCCGCCCUCGACGUCAGCCUGGCGUCGGCGAGGUCCACCUCCGCCGCCAUGGCCAGGCUCCAGCAGUCCCACGGCCUCAGCCCCAGGGAGACGGCGGCGAUGCGCGACUGCGUGGAGGAGCUGGGGGACUCCGUCGACCUGAUCCGCCAGUCCAUCGACGAGAUGGCGGCGAACAAAGGCGGCGCCGCCGGUUUCGGGAUGAUGAUCAGCGACGUGCAGACGUGGGUCAGCGCGGCGUUGACGGACGAGAGCACGUGCACCGAUGGGUUCGCCGGGAAGGCCAUGGCCGCCGGGGAGAUGAAGACGGUGGUGGGAGGGAAGAUUGAGACGAUUGCUCACCUCACCAGCAACGCCUUGGCGCUCAUCAACGCCUAUGCUACUCUCCACCAUUAGAAUAUAUUGGGUUGUGCUUUAUUAUUGAUAAGUCGUUUGCGUUAGUUAUUUGUUGUUGUGAGAUAGAUGUUGAUUAGUAAUUAAGUGAAGAAAUUUAUGGUGUUAUUCUAAUAGUUCUAGUUUUAUUAUGUGAAAGGUGAUUUUUUUUCAGCCUAGAGAUCCCAAAUUUGAAUACUAGAAAGACUACCGUUGUUUCCCUUUUUCACCUAUCCUUAGGAAGUACUUAGAAACUCACUUUUUAAAGGUUCCAUUUCCACAUUUUUUUUUUAUACAAAGAACUUAGCUCGUGUUUAUGAACACUUUUUACACAGUUUGUGCAAAUAUAUAGAACAAAACAUAAUAAUAUGCAAGCAUUGGCGGAGCUAGAAGUAGAAAUUAGGUAUGUCCUUUUCAUAAUAUAAAUAAUUGGGAUUG